AUGGGGCCAUACCACUCAGCACAAAUAGGCAUUGAGCAAGCUAGUAGAGCAAUGUCCCUUAUUGCCCUGGAGAAAGCACUGUUGGCCCCCCUUGCCUGCGCCUGCCCCGGAGCCAGUGGUUCUCGAAGCACCAGGUAUGUGCCGCGCACCGACAGAGCAGACGUGGGCAGAGCGAUGGUGGCCAGGCUUGGGCUGGGGCUACUGCUGCUGGCUCUGCUCCUACCCACACAGACUUAUUCAAACCAACCAACUGUUAUAACACUUACAAGUAACUCCUCCCAGAAUACCUCGGCUGCCCCAAAUCCAGCUAAUGCCACCACCAAGGCCAUUGGCAGUGCCCUGCAGUCAACAGCCAGUCUCCUUGUGAUCUCGCUUUCUCUUCUACACCUCUACCAUUAA